GGAGACGACAAAUCUUGUAGCGACUCCAAACUUCGGCUUCUAGCAAACGCAAAGGAUCUAGAUUACGGGGCACGGAACAGGUUAUUUCCAAAGAUACGCAAAACCAGCAGCCUUCAUCAAGCAGCUUAUCAGGGAGGAUUUUUCGCGUCUUUCCAAGAAGCAAAAAUGCAUCUUUGCUGGCUAUGGCCGUGUGUGUGAAGAAGUCAGGGGGGAAGGAUUCCACAGCAGGAGCGUUCACCUGGUAACGUCCAUGAAGCAGCAAUACCUAAUCGCGAUGCCAGCAACUGUCGCUUCCCUCCAAUUGGCUGCUCUCCAUCGACUACGGCCCCGAUUCUUCACGGGAAUCUCUGUCAAAGAGGCAUUUUUUGGUGGCCGGAGAGCACGAAGAGAUGCGGCUCUAGCGGUUCGUGCGACGAAGAAGAGCAGCAGCGGGGACAACAAUGGUUUCAAUGGCAACGGGAAGAAAGUCCCUCGUUUCGGCACGCCAUUUCCAGAUGGAAACUCGGAGAUUGACAGCCCCGUGCCAUGGGACCAACUUCCUAUCAACGAGUUCAACAGCUUACAGGAAUCCCAGUACUUCUCCUGGGCCGUGGAGAGCGUCUGGCUUUACUCGAUGAAGAUUGGUGGGAUUGCUGCGUGCUGUACCGUGUUCUUGGGAUGGCCGGUCGCGUCACUCAGCGUGAAUCCAGAGUCCGACUUGCUCAAGUGCACACUCGGGGCUUUGAGUGGGGGUCUCAUGGGUGCAACGUUAGCAGCUUUACGACUCUACCUUGGCUGGGCACACAUCGGAGAUCGUCUGUUCAGUGUUACAGUCGAGUACGAGGAGACUGGGUGGUACGACGGCCAGACUUGGAUCAAACCCCCGGAAGUUUUAGCUCGCGAUCGGCUGGUUGGCGCUUACACGGUGAAGCCAGCUCUCAGCAGGGUGAGAGUGACGCUCAUUGGAUUGGCAGUCUCGCUCUCCAUCUGCGCCGCAUUACUCUUCUCCAUCCCGGAGACCAGAUCCAGCUUGCUGCUACAGAAGAUCCAGACGCAGCCCCCUCCUCCGCGCUCCUCCAUCAAAGGCUACAGUGAAAAGUCCGCUAGAACGUACGAGCCAAGCGCGUUCGUGGGUCCGGACGAGGAAUUUACGAGAGCUCCCGGAGUUGAAGAUAAUGGUGGAGUUCUUCCGGAUUUAUGUACUUGACGCGAUGAAAACAAAUUUAGGCAUACCGGAGA